AUGUCCAUUCACCCAUUCUUCGUAGAUCAAACCCCAUACCUUCCGGUAGCAUCCUCUUCCAAAACUACUAUAUAUCCACUAUCUUCCAUAUACACUCUUCCAAACUCAUCAGCCACACAUAGUCGGACAAAUUCGUCUGCUUCCAUAAACACGCUUGCGUCGGAAACAUCAAUUACAUCAAAUGCAUUUUCUCGGUCAACACCUAUUGACACGAACUGUUUAAGAUGGAUGCAAAAUGAGUUGGACUCGGAUCACAUCUUUGGUUCAGUUGCAGAUAGGGGCAAAAGCUUGAGCAUAGAAGAAAGAGAAGUAAGAAGAAGAGCUAUGGAAUCACAAAAUACCGAACUGGCGGGGGAAGAAACCGAAGAAUCUAACUUCAAAGCGAUCAAAGCGGAGAGAAGGAAAGGAAAAGUUGGAAAGUGGUUUCAUUAG